GACUGCAAAUUGUCAACCAUAGUGCAUUGCGCAUAAAUGGCCGCCAUGUUGCUGCCGUCUGAAAGAUGUUCGCAACUGUAUGUGUUUACUAAUGAGUUUUGAAGACCUACAUAGUUAAAUUACUGUGUUUGUGAAAUUGUGAGUGUACAAUGAUUUUAUACCACAUAUAUUGAUGUGAUUGUAAAGUAAAUCAAAUGUCUCUGAAGCCAAUAGACAGUGAAAUUUUCUUUAGAUAGUCAUUCGGUUCGGACGGCAUAAUGGCUGACAAUCUGAUUCAAAAGUCACAUAAAACUAGUGAAAAAAACAAGUAUAACAACGUCAUACAUCGUACAACGAGUGAAUCUCUUCGGCUGAACGAGUCGGAGAAGGGAGUGACUCACCCCACAAGUCUGCAAGCCGCCCAUAACCCAAGGAAAAUAUCUUCGUUUCAGAUCACCAGUGUGACGCUCGGCUCCCGAGUGAGCACAGAUGCAGGCGAAGACUCCGCUGAUGAUCUAGAUGAAUCUCACACCGACGACAUAUCACGGGUGACUGAUAUAGAGAAUGAAACACCAAGUUUCUCGGAAGAUACAUUUUCUAAAGACGACGUGUUCUACAACGCGUCCAGCACAUCUCUAGGCUGCGCACCUGUUAUACCGACCAGCUCUCAAUACGGACUCGCGAUAGUCGGCCAGGACAACGCCAACAAUCAGAUAGGAAGUUCAGUGCCAAAUAGUAAUAACACAGAAGCGAAUGAUAUGCACGUCAGUGUCACUAACGCAAGUGCUGGUAGCAUUAUUAAUCUCAUAGGAAAUGCUAAACCUCAAGAAGGUAUGAAAGAAAUUCAAGAACAUGUCAGAAAUGAACGUUUCAAAGUUGUUAAAAUUGAAAGUACCGAGCCGUUUAGAAGAGGUCGAUGGAUAUGCAUGGACUAUCUUGAUCAUAGUACAUCCCAGCAAAAUGCACCCAUCACAUUAAAUAACAAUCAAGAUGUAACUGAAACCAAUACAUUGCAAGCUCCCGAUAGUGGUGUGGUGAUAAAUGAUAGUCAGCAUGAUGAAGUGCCUAAUGAUCUAUCAAAUAAAUGCCCUAAUAUGUCAGAUCUCCAAGGAAAUGCUCCUACAGUUCAGCAAUUAGAGCAAGCUCUUCAAAAACAGUUCCCCAUGGCCUCUCCGGGACAGUCACUAACUCAACCAAUAAAUGUAGUACAACAACAAAUGCCCGUGUCACAGCCGAUUACUGUUCAGUCUCCACCAUUAGAAAUGCCACAACAGAUAUCGAAUCAAAAUAUGCAAGGGAGUCAACAAGUAGGUCAACAGCAUCCACAAAGCAUGACUCACAUAACAAUGCAGAAUGCAGCGCAGGGGCAUCCACAGCAAAACCAACAACAGCAAGUCCAACAAAUCACACAAAAUUUCCCACCACAUCAGUUGCAGCAAGUCAUUGCUCAGACACAGGGCAUAACUAUGCAACAAAUACCUAUGCAUCAACAAAUGCCACAACAGAUGCAGCAAAUGCCAAAUCAACAAAUGCAGCAAAUGGGUCAGCAUAUCCCACAAGCACAGAUUCCUAACAUGCAGAUGCAACAACAAAUGCCACAAAUGCAGGCUAUGACGAACCAAGGACAAAUGCCACAAGUUCCUACUCAGCAACCUCAGAUGCAGCAAAUGCAAAUGCAACAAAUGCAAGGCCAACCAAAUCCACAAUUACAUAUGCAACAAACCCAGAUUACCAACAUGGGUCAGAGUCACCAUUUGCAAAGCCAACAGUCUAUGGGCACUCAGCAAGCACAGUUGCAGCAUUUGCCAAGUCAGGCACAAAUCCAAGCUUUACAAAGUCAACAAAUACCAAACCACAUACAGCAGAUGCAAAUGCCAACUCAAUUAACUAAUACUAACCAGCAAAUACCACAAAUGCAAACACAGAUGCAUCAACUGUCUUCACAACAGCAGCAAACUGUUGUUCCUGGAAUGCAUCCUCAGAUGAGUCAACAAGGCAUGCCAACUGUCCAGCAGCAAUAUAACCAAGCUGUAAAUCAACAAUCCACUGCACAGUCUAUGAUCAAUCCUAAUAUGCCUUCAUCUCAGCCACAAAUGGUACAACACAGUGUACCUCAGUAUCAUACUCAACAAUCGCAAAUGAGCCAACAAGGCCAGACUUUACCACAAGAGGUGCUCUCAACUAUUGUUACUUCUCAGCAAGGUGCAACACUUCCUACAAACCUCCAGCCUAUGGCUUCUCAACCCCAAGGUACAACUUUGCCUGCGAAUCUCCAAAGCCUUGCUGGACAACAACCCACCACUAAUGUUCACCCAAUGGCCCCACAACAAGGAAAUGUUCCUCAAGGAAACUUGCAGAUGAUGUCUGCCCCACCCCAGAAUAUGCAGAUGACUCUGGACGGGAAUCAGCCCAGUAUGCAGAUACCCGCCACAGAUCCUAUAUUCAUGCAAACUACGAAUGUCGGACAGCAAUUACCUGUUGGACAACAUAUGGCCCAACAGAAUAUGUUACCACAACAAGUAGGUGGCCAAGGUCAGAUGGGGGCAGUUCAGUAUGUACCGAAUCAGUCAGUGACAAUGGCACAUCAGAACAUGUCAAUGUCAAUGCAGCCUACCAUGCCUGUGGGAAUGGGCAGCGGAGUGCAUCCAAAUGUGGUGCCAUCGCAGACAAGCAUGGGUCUGGGUUACGGAGGUGUUGUGCCAGUCAUGUCUCAAAGCAAUGUAGCUCCUGUAGAGGCAACUGUAUCAGGAACCAACUCGCCGGUAGUGUCAUUACCAGUAAACUCGACUGCAUAUGUGACGAACACACAACCAGGACAUGACAGUCAGGGCUUUGGCAGCCCUGUGAGUGCGGUAGUGUCUCAUGCGAUCAGUGGUGCGGUGGUAAGCAAUGUGAAUGUGAAUGCAUGUGAAAGUGGUGCUCCUGAUGUUUCUGCUGAGGCGAUGCAACCUGGAGAUAUAGGCGAUGGUAAAGAGGAAACCCAGAAUGCACCACCUACAGAGGAUGAAAGGUACUAUGAUUGUCUGCGACGCACACCGACACCUAUCAACGGGUUGGCGUUGGCGCUCGUCGGCAGCGGUGGAGGCAGUCCGGCGACAGCGUCUGAAUCUCGUGACCAAACCACUACGUCGUCUCGUGCGCCUUCUCCGCCUCUCUCCGAACGACAGCAGCACACCAGCGCAUCAGGCACCAGCGCGGUGGCCAUCGACAACAAGAUCGAGCAAGCUAUGGAUCUGGUUAAGAGCCACUUGAUGUUCGCGGUGCGCGAAGAAGUCGAGGUACUGAAGGAGCGCAUCGCCGAACUGAUGGAAAGGAUCACCCAGUUGGAAGUGGAGAACACUUAUUUGCGUGCGCACGCGAGUCAAGAUACGCUAGCGCAGUUGCCCGCGGCCCAGGGCAACAAGCCCGCCGCGCAGCCGCAACCCCCGGUGUCGUAAAAUAGCGGACAAUCGCCGCUGAGCCCGCCCGCUGGCCCCAGGCCGCCCCAGCCCUCGCCCCUUUCGCCCGGGGCUCACCAUGGCUGUGCUAUGUUAAUUCGUAGGUUAACAAGAACCAGAGCGCAACGGACGAUCGCCGAGGAUGGAUCCUCGAUACCGUCCCUCACUAGACAUAUCGUAGGACGGUACGCGCGCACGAUUAAGCUUCAAAAUACAAUACAUACAUUUAUUUUCUGUUUUAGUCAUAUUUAGGGUGCAGAAUUUCGUGCUAAACUGCCAUGCUUUAGCUAUGCGUCUCGGCAACGACUCUUUAGUAGCGUUACGAUGUUAUUUGCUGUUCGUUUAAUAAAAUCAGAUGUCGCUAUCCGCAUCAUGUAUUCCAAUUAAGGUAAACGAUAAGACGGUGUGUUAUAAAUAAAUGUAUUAAAAUAGUUGAUACGCAUCAAACAAGGACUGUGUGUGUUUAUUUAUUAUUUGGUAUAUAUUCUUUUAUAAAUGCCUAACGUUUAAGUUGUUGCGAUUUGAGUAUACUGUGUUAUUAUGUUUAAAUCAUACACGUAUCGUAACCUCUUGAGGUCGGUAACAAUGAUCUGUAAUGUGUUUACUGAAUGAUUACUUGGUUCGUGUUAAGUUUUUUAUUAUUAUUAUUAUUAUUAUUUUUAAAGUAUUGUGAGCGUUCGUAUGAAUCGUCGCAUGUUGUAAAGUUUGUACGAAACAUUUUAGAUUAGAAAUGUUGCGAGCACGACGCCUCGUCUGGUUAGCUGGCUUUAGUCAAUUUUGCACGCCCUAACAGAAGAAAAAAAAAACUCAAAAAAAAAAACAAAAAUAUUUUUAUUCCAAACCUAUAUCAAUAGUAGAGAUUUUAUAGAGAUAUAUUGAAAUUUGUAUUUUAAAAUGAUUAAAUUGUUUGUAUAUAGUACAAGUUGUAAUUGAAUUGUGAGUCGUAAUUGAUGUACAUAUAUAAAAAUAAAUAAAAGAAUGCUAUGUUUAUGGAACCGUAAUUUGCCUUCCGAGGAUCGAAUCCCUUAUUAAUUGAGAUGUUUAAAACUAAACUUAUAAGUGAAACUGUACGCUGUAUUUAGAUUAGCUUCAUUGUUCAGCCAACAGAACAAAACAGGGUUGGACCGGACAGCCAGCUGAUGUUUGAUACUGAGGUUUUAAAACCGUCUUAGAUUGCUUUGCCGGUCUAUCCGUACAUCUAAUGUAUUUAGAAGUAGAGUUUUGUACAAGCCCUAUCUACUAUCAAGUGUAUAGAUUUCGUUUUAGUUAUUCGUGAUUAUUGUGAAUAUACAGUAAUUUUAUUCGUAACAAAAAAAAAAGAAUUAAAUAUGUAAUAUUAAAUUAGUUUAGAAAAUAAAUUGAAUUAUAUUAAUGAUACUGAAAUUUGUAAAUAUAAAUGUAAACAGAAGUCCAUUGUAGCUUAUGUUGACAAGAAAGGUUCCUCGUAUCCAAUAAAUGCAAAACUACUCAAA